ACACAGUGCACAGGGAGUGUCAGUGCUACAGUAUGAUGCUGUUGAGAGGAACAGAAGGCUCGCUCCUCCUUGCCAACUCCUCUUUGCUGCUGUAGGCUUUCAGGAACAACCAGGAGCACGUAGGUGUGUGUGGUAACAAUUGUGGUUUCCCACACCGCGUCCCACGCCACCCCACCCUGCCCCGCAGAUGGUGCUGUGCCUGGCCAUGGACUCCAGGGAGGAUGGAGACAGCUGGAUGGAAGACCAGUGGGAGAAAUGGUUGACUCAUGAUAUGAGCCUGGAUGAGUAUGAAGAUGAUGAUUUGUCGGAGGUGACGGAGAUUACAGAUGAGAGAGGAGGCAGCUUGAGCCUCAGUGACUACAGCAUUUCGGGUCACGUGAGCGAGUCGACCAAUGGCGGCGAGGACUGGGCCGGUCGGAGGGGGGCGGUGGAGCUGCAGGCCGAGAUGCUCCAGCUGGACCUGAUAGAUGCAGAGGGAGGGAGUCAGGAAGAAGAGGAGGAAGAGGAGAGGGAGAGGCUGCUGCUGCUCAUCGAUGAGCACACGGAGGGAGAGCGGGCAGCAGGGCUGCCCGCCACAGAGCCACCGCUGAGGGACCUGGAGCCCCCCGCCCUCAUCGACAUGGACACGUACCGGCCCAAAAGACCCACCACCCUCAAUCUGUUCCCGCAGGUGCCGAGGACUCAGGACACAAUAAAUAACAACUCUUUUGGUGAGAAAGACAGAAGAAAGGAGAAGAAAACCCAUUCAUCUUCACCACACAUUAAAGGGGACCUGCCUCCUAAAGCUGAGCAGGCUAACCAGACCGAUGGGGACAAAGUCCAGGCAAGCAUUCGGGUGAAUGCCAAGCCCCACGCUGCCGGUUCUUCUGCACACAAAGCUCCAGACUCCGUCUCCAAGAAGCAGGACAAACCUACUGACACUGCGGUCAACAACGUCCAUACUGCUCAGCCUUCCACGCAGACAGACAUGCGGGAAAUGCCCAGGGAUGGGACCCUCAUAGAGGGCCUCCAUGACGCGGACACAAUCAGCAAGGAGAAAGCUCAUUAUCAUACCCUGAAUGGCUGCCGAGAACAAGUGCAGUACCCUGUAGAAAAUGGGUGCACACACCCUCAGCCAACAGACAAAAACAAGGACUAUCGCUCAUCGGAUGUCGGCAAAGAGGCGGCGCAGGAGAUCCACCUGACACCCGUGAACGGGGAGCAGGAAAGACCUUUCUUGUCUCAGAGCAGCGACAGCAACCGCAUGUCCAUUAGCUCAGACACGGAACUCCCACCUUUGCAUUUCCAUCCCCUCACAGGUCGUGCUAACCCCUCCAUCAGCGAAGAGGACGAGGUGUACCCCCCGACGCCCCCAUGCAGGACUGACAGCCUCAGUGAGUUGACAGAGCCUGUUGCGAAGGCAGGGGCUGGAGACAAAGCAGCUGCAAAUGCUGCCGUUAGCAAGGAUGCUUCAGGACUAUCGUACGAUUCAGUGAAGUACACCCUGGUGGUGGACGAGCACGCCAAGUUGGAACUGGUUAGCCUAAAACAAUGUUACCAAGGCUACGACAGCGACAGCGACAACACCGUCUACGAGUCGGCCAUUGAUGAGGAUGAGGAUGAGCACGAUGUGGACGAUGAGGAAGAAGAGUCAGGCGCAGGAGGCAUCAACAGAGACACUUCCAGUUUGUCGGUGGACUCCAACACUGACUCCACGUCAGACGUGCCUCGCUCGCGAAAGUUUGUGAAUGUCUUCGUGAACAGGCGUUCACGGUUUACCGGUGCUGAAUCAUUUGGUAUUUUCUCCUGCAUUAUCGAUGGUGAGGAGAGAGAGCAGAGCCACAGGGCAGUGUUCAGAUUCAUCCCCCGGCAUGAGGAUGAGCUGGAGAUGGAGGCGGAUGACCCCUUGCUGAUGGAGGUGCAGGCAGAGGAUCUGUGGUGCGAAGCUUAUAACAUGCGCACCGGCUCCAGGGGCAUCUUCCCCGCCUUCUACGCUGUUCAGGUCACGAAGGACAUGCGACCAAAGGAGGUUAAAAGUGACUGGCUAGACUCAUUCUGGCUGAAAUUCCUGGGCUCUGUUCAAGUGCCGUACCAUAAAGGGAAUGAUGUGCUUUGCGCAGCUAUGCAGAAGAUUGCCACAAACAGAAGAACAAUGCGGUUCAGCCCUCCGUCAGCAUGCAUUGUGGAAAUCAACAUAAGAGGAGUGAAAAUCAUCGUUCAGGAUGACUGUCAGUCUUCUGAAAGGGGAGACAAGUGCUGUCACUUCUUUCAACUGAAGAACAUUUCCUUCUGCGGAUGCCAUCCAAAGAACAGCAAGUAUUUUGGACUAAUCACCAAACACCCAGCACAUCAGAGGUUCGCCUGCCACGUGUUCUUCUCAGAGGAACACGGCCCACAUCUGGCUUCAUCUGUUGGGAAAGCAUUUCAGCAGUUCUACAAAGAACACAUGGAGUAUUCCUGCCCCACAGAAGACAUCUUCCUAGAAUGACCUUUGCUCUGUUGCGUACUUUUGCACUACUGUACACAUUACUAUAUAAGGUGUUGCAUGAUGGGUGACAAAAAUCUCUUAACAUGUCAUGCUAUAAUGUAAGCGUCUAUUUUAGACAAAGCAUACAAUUAAAAAGACACAAUAUGUGUUAACAAGGGUGUUGUUGACCACGUGCAACUCCUUCCUCUGAGUACUAAGAAAAAGGCUUUAGGCCAAUCUGUCCAAGGCUAAUGCGUCCAACUGGAGUUUAAGAGGCACUAAGUGUGGUUUAGGGGCAUUGUAAGUUACUGAUGACCUGAAUAUUUAUUUAAAGCACAAUGCCAAAUUUACACAGAGAAAAUAUAAAUAUCUUUAAGUCAAGCCAAAACGGACAAAUCGCCCAGUGAUUUUUUUAAAUCCAUUUAUAAACCAAAUUAACAAUAUCCCAGCAUAUCGAUUUAAAAACAAUUACAAUAAAGACACAUAUACAGAUAAAUGUUACUGUAUCUUAUUGAGAAGACGUUUUGGUCACUCCUCACAAUACACAUGUUCCUCUCUCUUUAAGGCAAUGAGGCAUACAGUAUGCUAGUAAAUGCUAGUUAGCUAGCUAGCAUGCUAGCUUCUACGGCCCUCACGAGUUCUGUGUUGUGCUGGCGCAAAAAAAAAAAAAAACGCCAACGUCUCUUCCACUUUUGUCCACGGAACGUUUGCUGGAUCUCAUUGUGUUCAGAGUUUAUGUGAUUCAGUGCUGAAAUCUGUUGAACUGCAAAGAGGCCAGCUGUCACUGAUCUCUGACUUUAUGUAGCCAUGACACCAAAUAUCUUUAUUUUGUUCUUUUAAAUAUAUAAAUAUGUACAUUGCAUUUUGUAAGUAGCUGCUGAAAGUGAUGUCAAAGUUUGUUGGGAUGUUGGCUGUGGUCCAUUGAAACAAAGCUUUAUUAUUAUGAGAUUAACCUCUUAAAUUUCCAACCGCUAGCUGCAGUUAGUGGCUAAUGCUACCCGACAGAGUUAAACUGAGGAACUCUGAGUGUUCUGGUAAGCCAGGGCAAUAUUAGCUUGUGGUUUGUCCUACAUAGCUUGUUGUAAUACAGUAAACACGCAGGCUACGGCCCGAUACACUCACCUCUGAAGAAUGCUGCUCCUGCAGUGCUAGCCCGGGUAAGCAGCAGGCUACAGGCUGAUAAUACUUACCUGUAAACAGUGAAAGAGCUAGCGUUAGCGUGGUUAGCGGCUACUGCUAAUACUGCUCCAGUCAGGAAAACGGAGAGGCUUCACUGCUUCUUACAACCUGACUGGUAAAAUUCAUACAUAAGGUGCACCGGAUUAAAAGGUGCCCAAACGAUUUUUGGGGAAAUUAAAGGAUUUUAAUUGUGCCUAAUAGUCUGAAAAAUACAGUAAGUUAUAGAAAAAUGUAAACUAAAUUUACCUGUGAUUCCAAUUUGUUUCACCUAAUGUAGGCACGACUCACAAAUUAAAUCUUGUUUUAAAAUUUUUACUUUUUUUUGCACUUCAAACGGCCAAUACCCUACAUUAUUAUAGUUUUUAAUAGUAACAGCAGGUACACAGCCACUACAACAAACCUGCGUCACUGUGCAGAUACUUAUAAACUGCACUAAACAUGAGCAUAGAGUCUUCUGAAGAGUAAUUAUUUUCUUUUAAAUUAUAUUAUUUAAGAAUCAUAGUAAAUAAAGCAUAUUUAAGCAUAUGGAGGGUAUUGUACAGUGUUGAAAAUAAUUUUAAAAUCCCUCUCAUUCUGAUGGAAUACGGUGAAUAUCUUGUUUAUACAGGAGGUGUACUGAGCUCCAAAGCAGAAAGUCGAUUAUCUAAUGGAAACUUUCGACUGGUUUGGUCUUCUCUAAUGGACAAGGCUGUUUCUGAACAGGCAGGAGCCUGAAGCCACAUUUAGCAGGACCAUAUUAGUCCACAGGAACAAAUUAACCAUUAGAAAUAGAGAAAAACAAACAAACAGAAACAAAAUACUGGUGGCACCCUGUAGCUACAGUGUGAGAAACAACCCUGCAGACUGCAGUAACCUAAAUCUGAAGUGAAUGACCUGAAUUCCUUUUUUCUAAACCUUGACAGCCCCCUACCAGCAUGUGCUUCAAAUGGAUCUAAAGCUUAACCUUUUAGCGUAUGCUAUUUUUAAUCCUUUGAGAAGUAAAUCUUAGGAAAAUGUCUACCUACGAUUCUCUCAGAUGUUGGAGAACUGAAAACAGCAAUGCAUUAAAUUUACUAAUAACACACUACUAAAUUUACAUCAAUACAAAUACUGCCAAAAGAAAGUCAAAUGUGAGUCUAGUCCAGUCAGACUUAUUUAAAGAGCACAUUUAAGAGAAUAUGGCCAUCCAAUGUGAUGCAAAAACAAUAUACAAUAAAAUGUUUCAUGACCAUCAAGACAGAACUGAUUUGAUGUAUUUUAUUCCAGUCUUUUAAAGUCAUCCUGUAAAUUCAGUGCAUUAUUAUUUUCACUCUGUCAACUUAAAAUGGUUAAAUAAAGCAGAUAAUGAAGUGGAUCAUGGAAGACGCUGCUAUGCUGAUACACAUCAAAAGGUUAAGAUUAAGCUCAUCUUACUCUCCUAAUAAUAUCCUAAGAAAUGAGUCCUGAGAAAUGAGUAACGUAAGAGAAAAUGACGGAGAUGCGGAAGACACGUAGAAAGAGAUUAUGGAUUUAUCGCUGUUGGAGGGUGGCGAAGUGUGGACCACAGGUGUCUUCAGAUCAAUCCUGCGAAAUCACAAGUUGUGCCUAUUCUUUUUGUUUGUUGUGAUUAUUGUAUAUCGUCUUUUUUAUUUUGGAUGAUCUUGACUGUACUAUGGAACUCGUAGAAUUAAAUUCUGUUUGUAAA